CAACGGUUCGCGGUUUACUGUGUUGUUUUUUCGUAUAUAGCAAAUCACGAGAAUCCGUGUUCCGUGUUAGGUUCACGUGAUGUGACGAUAGACGCGCGAAUUAACGAGCCCUCGUAGCUGCUCAUUCACUGCAUUGAAAUCAAAUUUUCAUAAGUUCUGACGGCUCGACCAAGCUCGACUAUCCUUGCGUUCUUUCUCUCUCUCUCUCUCUCUUUGUCUGUUCAUCUCCCUCUUUUCUUUAUCUCUCUCACUCUCUAUAAACACAAUACUUGGCGACCCCCCUACACACCAGCCUGGCAACUUUUGUUCACGUAUCGCGCGUACCAAUGUGAAUGUGUAUAUAAUGUUGUAUACGACGUCGAUGCCUCGCACCUUGCACUGUUGAACGCGCUUCGUCUCUCGUGUCGUAGCGAGAAACAGCAAAACAAAAAAAAGCAAUCAAACUUAUAUUACACUCCGAUAUAUUUUCUGUCCAGAAAAAAAAUUUACGCUGAAACUUCGAGCGACGAUUGUUUUUCGUGUGUUAUUUAAAUUCACUCUUCGAAGAAGAUGGCUGGGAAUCGAGAAGUUAUACUCGCUGACUUUCAGGCCUGCACAGGAAUCGAUGAUGUUGGCGAAGCGAUUCUACAUCUUGAAAAUACAAACUGGGAUUUAUUGGCAGCCGUAAACAGAGUAAUGCACCAUGAUACACAGCAAUUACCGUCGGAAAUGAGUCCGGACAUUGAAAUGAUGGAGGUUGUUCAAGGAGUGCCGGUCAUAACUUUUUCAUCCUCCUCCGAAGUUGCUCAUGCUCCGAAAAAUAUUUUGACUCCACGGGCGGAUAAUACGGAGAAUGUGAAACCUGGCACUAGCAGAGCAAGGAAUAGCGCUCAAACGAGCACCAGACAGCUCGAAUUUCACAUUCAUCACGCAAAUCGUUCCUUUAUGAUCAAACUUCCCGAGUCUAGCACAGUUGGGGACUUGAAACAUGCGAUAUAUGACGAAACAAACGUCGGGCCUUGUCAACAACAAUUGCACGGUUGGAAGAAAGAUCCUCCGAGCAAUUCAACACCAUUGCACACUCUUGAACUGCCAAAAGAAAUAACUCUCUAUAUGACCCAGUCUACAGAGCCAGGGGAUUCAAGCUCGGAUCACGUUAGCCUGUCCGACCGACUUACACAAACUUACACUCUCAACGUUCGCGAUGAUAUAUCCAACAAGACGUAUCGACUGAAAUUUCCUGGUACUCACACGAUUCUUGACGUCAAGACAAACGUAUAUUCGUUGAUCGACGUGCCGGUGAGAAAGCAGCAGUGGAACGGUUGGCCGAGCACGAUAAAGGAUGACAAAAUCACGCUGGCCCAGAGCGGGAUCUCGUAUCCGGAACACGAGUUAUCCGUCAGCGAACUUCCGAUAAAAGAAAAUAAAAAAGACGUCGUCGAUCUUGUGGAUAGCGAUAGUUCGGCCGAUGGACCAGAAGACGUUGAAGAAUUUGAAGAUGCUCCUGAAUCCUUUAUCAUCGAAGACGACAUGUUUAUAGAUAAUAUACGGUCAACCAAGAUUCAACGUCUCAUGCCUGAGCACGUCGAGGACGAGACCAUGGGAACAUUGCACUUUGCCGAACAAUUCGAAAAACGUUAUGGUCGUGCCCAUCCAGACUUUUUCACAGGUACCUUCGAAGAAGCGAUAAAAGAAUCGUGUCUGAAGCCUGCAAAAGAGAGAAAAUUAUUAGCGGUUUAUCUUCAUCACGACAAUAGUGUCUUGGCAAAUGUGUUUUGCACCCAGCUGCUGGGUUUUGAGACCGUACUGCAAUUGCUCUCAGCAAAUUUUGUCGUUUGGGGAUGGGAUGUGACGUACGAGAGCAACAAAGCAAAAUUCUUAUCGUCGGCGAGUCAAGCACUGGGAAUGGUGGGCGCAGCCGCGAUACAGAAUAUCGACGUCGAUACACUUCCAGUUCUCAUGAUUAUCAUGAGAUCAAGAUCCAUCACGGAAAUCUUCACUAUUGUACAUGGCAAUGUCGGAGUUAACGAACUCUUGACGAACUUGAUUCAGGCAGUCGACGUCUUUCAAGAUCAAAGACGCGCUGAUAUUGGCGUCGAGGAGGAAAGACAAGCACGGGAACGCGUCAAACAGGAACAAGACAGAGCAUAUCAGGAGAGUUUGGCAGCUGAUAGAGCAAAAGAAGAAGCGAAGCAGAUGAACGAACAGAUGGAGAAGCAGAAAAAAGAAGAGGCGGAAAGUCAAAGACUGGCAGAAGAAGCGCGAAAGGAAGCUCACAGAUUGGCUGUAGAAUCGAGUCUACCACCGGAGCCCGAAUUGGGUGUCGGGGAUGGUAUUCUCAAAGUGAAAGUUCGUCUUACAGCUGGAAAAUUUUUAGAGCGCAGGUUUCACGCUGAUACGCCGUUGCAGACGCUCCUUAAUUUCCUCAUCGUUCAAGGAUAUCCGACCGAAGAGUAUAAAGUUUUGUCUAGUUGGCCUCGAAGGGAUCUCACGUCCAUGGAUACGAAACUCACUUUGGCAGAAUUGAAAUUCUGCCCACAAGAAACGGUGAUUCUUGAACAGCGAUAAAAAAAAAUAAUGAGAGAAUGAUAAAAGAAAAUAUGAUGAAUGAAAAAAAAAAUCAAUGUAUUUAAAUUUUUCGAAGUGUAAGAACUAAGAGCGUCGCGAUAUUCUUAAUGUUGUAUUUAUUUAAUAAUUUUCUCGUGGUAGUCAACAGUUGAAGUGAGUUCUUCUUCCCCGCCCCGUUUAAACUUAUGCAACACAAUUUGUACCGCUGCACACUUUUUUUUGUUCCAAAACGAGCGUGUAUGCGUACCGAAGUCUGCAGUUUCUAUUUUGUACGAGAAAGAUAAGCAUGAAACAGAAUACUGAAAAUUGAGUUUGAAAAGAAGAGAUAUAAACGAAAAGUGCAAAAAUAAAUGCCACCGGUGGACGCCCAUCGGAAACGUGCAUGUGAGUGUGAAAUUUUUCAAAAUAAAUACGAAAAGUUAGGUCUUUGUGCGUAAUGUUAAUAUGACAAUUUAUCGCUACGUAGAAAAAUUAAUUUUCAUUUUAUUAUUCAUGCACUUUGUGCUAUAAAGAAUUUUUGUAAAUUAAUUAGGAAGUCACUGAUUGCCGCAUGUUGCUUUCGGAGAUUGGCAUUGCUCGAGUGAUAAAUUACGAAAGCCAAAUUUCCAAAAUACAAUUAUAAACUAUAUGGAAUGAUGAAAAUAAAUGACUUUCGAUAAAUCUCUUAAGUGUGUAAAAGAUAAACUUUGGACAUUUAUAUUUCGCAAAUGAUUUUCUGUUAUACAAUAUGAAUAAUAAAAUUAUUGAUGAAGUCUUAAA